GAUGUUGAUCCGGGGUUUGCAGAUCUACCUCGGUCACUACAUGCCGAUCAUUUUGCCCCGUUGCCCUAAACUGGCUAAGUCUAGUCUCCACGUGUAACCUACGCUGGUAGGCGCUUCUCCUUCCUACCACGUAGCUUGCUCACCAAGACAAGUAAGGUCCAAGCGAAAAUGGCUGCUCAAACCGACAAGUACAGUAUCCUGUUGCCCACGUACAACGAGAGAAAGAAUCUCCCUAUCAUUACUUACUUGAUCGCCAAGACAUUCGAUCAACAAAAGUUGAACUGGGAAAUUGUCAUCGUUGACGAUGCUUCACCUGAUGGAACUCAAGACGUUGCUCGUGAACUGCAAAAGAUCUACGGAGAAGAUCACAUUCUGCUGAAGCCUCGUACCGGAAAGCUUGGUCUUGGUACUGCUUACGUUCACGGCCUGAAGUUCUGUACGGGAAACUUUGUCGUUAUUAUGGAUGCUGACUUUUCCCACCAUCCCAAGUACUUGCCAGAAUUCAUCAAGCUUCAGCGCGAACAGAACCUUGACAUUGUGCUCGGCACGCGUUAUGCCAAGAACGGUGGUGUGUACGGCUGGGAUUUGAAGAGAAAAUUCAUUUCUCGUGGUGCCAACUUGUUCGCUAAGGUCGUCUUGGCCCCCGGUGUGUCUGAUGUGACAGGCAGUUUCCGCUUGUAUAAGAAGGAGGUGAUUGACACUUUAAUGUCUGAGGUGAAGAGCAAGGGUUAUCAAUUCCAAAUGGAGAUCAUGGUCCGUGCUCGUGCUCACGGAUACAAGAUUGGUGAAGUUCCCAUUGCUUUUGUUGACAGAUUGUACGGUGAGAGCAAGCUCGGCAUGGAUGAUAUUCUCGGUUACGUCAAGGGUGUGCUCUCUUUACUCUUCAUUUAAAUGUCUGGCUACUAUUAGUUGCGUUUCCGCAGACACAUUCAUUGCAGAUAUAUAUUUGUAAAAUGGCCAAAUUCCCAUAGCUUCUUGAGUGAAAAUAAUAAUUAUUCAUGACUUACUCGCUCUUUUCGUCGGA